AUGAAGCAAGAUGAAGAAAAAGAAAAGAGUCUCGUGAGUGGUGGAGGAAACAUUCAUAGUAUAGAUGAUGGUGCUAUUGGCAUGGCUACUCUCACUAGCAUAACAUGUAGUGGAGGUGGCGAUGGCGGAGAAGGUGGUGGUGGUUUUGGUGGAAGAGGGGGUGGUGGUGGUUAUGGUGGAGGAUGGGGUGGUGGUGGUGAUGGUUGUGGAGGUGGUGGUGGUUUUGGUGGAGGAGGGGGUGGUGAUGGUGGUGGUGGUGGUGGAGGUGGAGGUGGUGAUGGCAGAGGAGGAGGUGGCGAAGGAGGAGGAGGUGGUGAUGGAGGAGGAGGUGGUGAUGGUGGUGGAGGAGGAGGAGGAGGUGGUGGUGGUGGUGGAGGAGGUGGUGGUGGAUGUUGA